AUGCCUUCUAGUCAGCCCACUGCUGGCCAUCUGGCUGUCAAGCCGGAGUACCUCUCCUCGCAACCAAGUCCUAUGGCAAAACCGUCGGAGCCAAACCGAAACACCAAAUAUGAUCCCAAAAAGCCCCACAUCACCGACACACCCAUCACCAAAUCGAAUUGGUACAAGCAUGUCAACUGGCUGAACGUCACCCUCAUCGUCGGUGUUCCUCUAUAUGGCUGCAUCCAAUCUUUCUGGACACCUCUUCAAUUUAAGACCGCGCUCUGGACCGUUGCCUAUUACUUCAUGACCGGUUUUGGUAUCACCGCAGGCUAUCACAGAUUAUGGGCACAUACCUCGUACUCGGCCACCCUGCCUCUUCGAAUCUUCCUCGCUGCUAUGGGAGGUGGUGCAGUCGAAGGUUCUGUCAGAUGGUGGGCUCGUGACCAUCGUGCCCAUCACAGAUACACCGACACCGAGAAAGAUCCAUACUCCGUCCGCAAGGGUCUCUUGUACUCUCACUUCGGAUGGAUGUUGAUGAAGCAGAACCCAAAACGAAUUGGUCGGACCGACAUCUCUGAUCUGAACGAAGAUCCAGUUGUCGUCUGGCAACACAAGAACUACCUUAAGGUCGUGAUCUUCAUGGGUCUCAUCUUCCCUAUGCUUGUCUGCGGUUUCGGCUGGGGUGAUUGGUGGGGCGGAUUCGUGUAUGGUGGAAUCCUUCGAAUCUUCUUUGUCCAACAGGCCACUUUCUGCGUCAACUCGCUUGCUCAUUGGCUUGGCGACCAGCCGUUCGACGACCGCAACUCUCCUCGUGACCAUGUCAUUACCGCUCUGGUCACUCUUGGUGAGGGAUACCACAACUUUCAUCACGAGUUUCCUUCCGAUUAUCGCAACGCCAUUGAGUGGCACCAGUACGAUCCCACCAAGUGGACAAUUUGGAUCUGGAAGCAGCUUGGUCUUGCCUAUGAUCUCAAGCAAUUCAAGAACAAUGAGAUCGAGAAGGGUCGCGUUCAACAGCUUCAGAAGAAACUCGAUCAAAAACGAGCCAAACUUGACUGGGGUGUUCCUCUUGAGCAGCUUCCAGUCAUCUCUUGGGAUGAGUACGCUGACCAAGCCAAGAACGGUCGUGGUCUUAUUGCUGUUGCUGGUGUCGUCCAUGAUGUCACUGACUUCAUCAAGGAUCAUCCUGGGGGAAAGGUCAUGAUCUCGUCGGGUAUCGGCAAAGACGCUACCGCCAUGUUCAACGGCGGUGUCUACAUGCACUCCAACGCUGCUCACAACUUGCUCUCCACUAUGAGAGUCGGUGUCAUCCGAGGUGGCUGCGAAGUCGAGAUCUGGAAGCGAGCACAAAAGGAGGAGAAGGGUGAGGUUGUUCGCGAUGAAAAUGGCCAGAGGAUCGUCCGAGCUGGCACUCAACCUACUAAGGUUCUACAAAAUGUUGCUACUGCUGGAGCAGCAUGA